AUGGAGCGGGCCAGGGACCAUUUACACCUGAGGUGGACUGUUGAACAGCACGUACCAGAGGUAGAAGUCCAAGUUAAACAUAGAAGGAUAGCCUCACUGAGCAACCAGGAGUGUCACCUGUACCCGAGGCCAUCUCAGCAGCAGCAGCAGCAAGUCCCUGUGGUGGAUUUCCAUGCAGAACUGAGACAGGCGUUCUUAGCUGAGAUACCGAGAGGUUGUUAA